UAGGGGAGCAGGGGUGUGACUUGAAGAGGAGAGAAGGAGCCUGGCUGCUCCUCUCCUUCUCUGAGUCUCUUUUGAGUCUCCGCCACCGUUCAAUGAGCAGCUUUGCUUUACCGUGUGCUUCGUGAUAUUCUGCCUGGAGCAACGGGGCAACCUGACCAUGGGCUGCAGUGAAACCUUCCUCCUUAGAAGUUGAUUGAUCUCGCGCAUUUUGUCACGGAGACUAACACACCUUCAUAACUCAUAAGAGAUGGGCUACGGAAAAGGAGGAAAAGUUCUAUCCUUUUAUGCUACAACCAAGGAGAUAUUUGUAGCCAAGUCAACCCUCUCAGUUCCAUAAAAUGAAGAAUGGCGUACAGUUGGCAGUCAGAUCCAAAUCCCAAGCAACCACAUGAAGAACAGUAUGAACACCGAGAUUUUCACUCUGUAAAUCAAUCUCGUUCUAGCCAAGUCAGUCUGGGUUUUGAUCAGCUCGUAAAUGAAAUCAGUAAUAAAAUUCCACUUCAUCAGAGUAAUACUGAAGAAAACACCUUUUAUGUGCCCAGUGAACUAAACUGGGACUCAAAAAGACAUUCAUUGGCUGGAACACACCAAAUAUCCGUGAAUGAAUUUCCUUCUAAACGCCCAGAAGUCUCUUGGAAUCAAUGUGGGAAAACUGCAGCUAUUGGUUUUAAUCUUUCUGUGGGACCAAAACCAAAAGUGAUAAAUAAACAAAGCUCUUGGGAAAACUCCGUAAGAAAAUACCAGGGCUCUGAUGGUGCCAGAUUCAGUACUGUACAUCCAUCAUGCACUGAUGCAGAUGAAAUUAAUUCACAAAGAGAAUUGAGAAAUGAAAAUCAUAACUACAGUAUAGGAUUUGAAAAUAUCUCUCAUGUAUAUUCAUCCUUCUCAAUUGACUUCAUGCCAAAAGAUGAGAAUAAAAGUAAAAAUAUCAACACUGUAGAUCCUUCUCCAGUGCUCUUUAAAAAUUCUUUUUUGCCCAGAACAUGGGAAAGUACAUGGGCAGGAAACAUAGAGCCAAGAGGUUGUUCCAUUCAGAUUGCGGAAGUAUUGCAAGGCAGUAACAUGACCCUGGCCUCCUUUUGUGACAAAGUGAAAAAAAUAAAAGAGACCUAUCGUGCAGCUGACAUUAAUUCUAAUUCUGGAAAGAUAUGGAGCCCCGUUACUGCCUUUCCAUUCCAGCUCUUCGCUGAUAGCAAGUUCAACCUCAGUAUUUUUACUCAUAACUCAGGACAACUACUUCAUCUUACACCACAUGCUGAUUACCUUGUCAAAGACUUAAUUGCAGAAAUUCUACACUUAUGUACGAGUGACCACCUCUGUCCCAAAGAUCAUCUUCUCGGUGUAUGUGGUUCUGAAGAAUUUCUGCAGAUUGACCACUGUUUGGGGAGCCACAAAAUGUUUCAGAAAAAUAAAUCUGUUCAACUUCAUCUACAGAAAAAUAGGACAGCUCCAGGAAAGUUAUCUAGAAAGCCUGUUGAUGACCAUGGUGAGUUGCACCUGAACCAACUUCUAGAAUUUACACACAUUUGGAAAGUGUCCAGACAAUGCUUAUCAACUGCAAUAAAAAAAUAUGACUUCCACCUAAAAUACCUAUUGACAAUCCAGAGAAGAAGAGUCUUGAAGAAAGAUGAGGAAUGGGGAUAAAACUCAGCAGAGUCAGGACACAGCCUGGUGUGACUCAGAAACUAUAAAUUUUUGCUUGGCAAUAGAAAGGUCUCAAGGGGAAAGCUUGGAAGGAGGCCAGAGGAAAGGAGCAGACAAGGGCUAAAUUAUAUAGGAUUUUAAGGACAUUUUGUGGAUAAUUUAAUGAUUUUCUAACAUAUCACUUCCUGACCUGAAGCCAUUGCCACCGUAGUGUAAUGACUGAUGGAUUUUUACAGGACUCUUUUAUUAGCCCAAGGAAGGGACGAGGGUAUGGACUCCAGUGUGGACUCACAUUCUACUGGGAAGAGAAAUGAGGGGAAGACUGAUAAAAGGGGAAAAUGUGAGAUUAACAUGCUCGGGUGAAAGUCUAAGCAAUAAAA